AUGAUCAAUGAGCUACCAAAGAAUAUGCGCCGUGAUCGCUGGUCAAGAACGAACAAGGAUUUGUGUAAUGCCCACCAGGGUCUGCAUGCAGAUCUCAUCGCCGAUGUGUUUAAUCUUAUCCAGAGAGAGGUCGGUCACCACCUUCGCAAGUUUGACGCAUACCCGGACUUGCUGAAGCCUCUCGAUAUAUUGAUCCUGCACAAACUACAGGCUAUACAGGGCAUGUGGGAGAAACCUGCCCCGAAUGACCAGGCUAUCGCAGAAACAUGGCACUAUGAGAUCAGCUGCUGUCAAGGGUGCAUGGUGGCUCGGGUUGUGAGUGACAAGCAUGCAUUGCGCAAUCUUCGAAUCGCCCUGCUCUCUCGCACGCAGACUCGUUUGAACCAUGUUCCACGCAGACUUAUGAAAUUCGUCGACACCUGUAUUGACCUAUUCCCCGAUGACGUUGACGAGUUGUAUGGCACAUCCAGCCAGUUUGCAUUCAUCCUGAAGGAUACCCGCAAGCUCUGCAAUAAGGCUUGGUCCCAAGACCCAGCACAUGCGGAUUCGAGUCCCCCACAGCGAAGGCACACCGAUCAUGACAAGAGUGGCGAAAACAAAAAGAAGGGAAAGAGUGCACGUAGCCAUAAACUGGCUAGUGAGUAUAACCCGAGGAAGAAGUAUCCCCAGCCACCACCACCAAUCACAUUAUCCCACCCCGCGGAAAGGUAUGUCCCCGGAUCUUCCAUCUCAUCUCAAUUUACUGACUCUGACACCGAAGGGCGCAGAAUAUAUCGUCCGACAUCGAGCCUCUCCCGGAAGGCUUCGAGAUCAUCGUACCAUAUGGAGCGAGACCGACGCUCGGACCCAAACCCAGACCGCAUGACUAGAUUCAUGGACUUCGCUGAUGACAACGAUCAAGGCUUGGGAAUAAGCAUGGAAAGGCGGAGUGCAAGUACUGUAUAUGGACCUCCUGGAAAUCCCCCGUCAUCUACCACUGCAAGCACAGUCUUGGGAACGAUUGAGGAAAUCGACGAACUGCUUGAGAUGUACAGGGGUAUGGGGACAAAUCCCUACCCGCGAAGCGCCCAACACUGCCCAAUACAUGAGAGUAGCGGCGUCCCAUCAUGUUGUCGCUCCCCGUCAAUCUGCUCCACUGACAGUGAGUGGACUGAUGAGGAUGAAGACCGGAGAAAGCCGGAAAGUGGCCUAGCAGCGAGGACUACUUGGAAUCUGGUGUGUGAACAGUCGAAUAUGAUUUGA